CCUAUGGGGGAACCUCUGGCGUCUUUUCUUCCCUUUAGGAUUCUAGAACACGAUGACCUGUAGAGUAGAAACGAGGGGUGGCACUAGUACCACUUCCUACACGCCGGAACAGGAGGAGGAGGCUGCGAGGAUCUUGGCCGAGCAGAAGGCCAAGAAGGAGAAGGAGGUUGUGAAGCAGGCCAAAAAGUUGGCCUUAAUGCAGGAGCAGGCCGCAAAAAGAAAGAAAUUGGAGGAAGAGUUGGAAAGGGUAAAGAAAGAGGAGGAAGAAAGGAUGAAAGCAGUGGACGCAGAAGAAGAAGAAGAAGAAGAGAAGAAGGUGGAGGAAAAAGUGCCCCUGAUAAGAAAAAGUAUUUGGGGUAGAGGAGAGUUGAGUGGCACGAACGAGGAGGAUUCCUGGCUGGAGAAGGUGGUCUCUGAAUGGGUUGCCAACCUGUCACUGGGAGAAGAGGAGGAAGUGAUGCUGUAUGUACCCAGGGAAGAGCAGGAGGUGGUCAUGAAGGAAUUGGAAGCCAAAGAAGAUGCCCUCAAGCGGCAGACGAUAGAGAAGGAGAAAAAGUUAGAGUGGAAGUUGCAUCUGACCACGGAGAGGAAGAAAAGACUGGAAGCGGCGAGUAAGGCGGCGAAAGAACUGGAGGAGGUGAAACAGUUGAGGGUGCAAAUGGAGGCACAAGCGGAUUUUCAAGGGAAGAUGGAAGUGAUGGCAAAAAAUAUAGAACGCCUGGCACAAGUUCAGGAGGAGCAAUAUGAAGCAGGCCAAAAAGUUGGCCUUAAUGCAGGAGCAGGCCGCAAAAAGAAAGAAAUUGGAGGAAGAGUUGGAAAGGGUAAAGAAAGAGGAGGAAGAAAGGAUGAAAGCAGUGGACGUAGAAGAAGAAGAAGAAGAGAAGAAGGUGGAGGAAGAAGUGCCCCUGAUAAGAACAAGUAUUCGGGGGUAGAGGAGAGUUGAGUGGCACGAACGAGGAGGAUUCCUGGCUGGAGAAGG